ACUGUUCUUCAAUCAUUCAUCUGUGAAAGUCAAAUAUGCCUGGAUCCGAGUCCCAUACAGACUCCAGAAGAAGGCCCUCUGACGAUUCUUUUACAGGGACUGUGAUCCGCAUAUGGCGGGAGAAAUGUCAACCAUAUGCUGCUGAUUACAUCGGACUGGCCAUCAUAGUUCCAAUCUGGAUAUGUCUACAACUCUUCAUCUUUACAGAACCUUUUCAUCGCAUGUUCGCUCUGGACGACCGCAGAAUCCAGUAUCCCCAUGCGGAAAUAGAGCAUGUGCCUGUUACCUGGCUUCUAAUUUACGCUGGACUGUUUCCCUUCAUCAUCCUACUGAUCUGGAGUUUUGCUUUCUUCAAACCGCACAAGACUCAUGUUACUUUACUCGGCUUUGGCAUAAGUCUGCUCGUGACAUUAUUCGUCACUGAUGUCAUCAAGAACGCAGUAGGCAGACCCAGACCCGACCUAAUCGCCCGCUGCCAACCCAAACCCGGCACCCCAGAACACGAAUUAAUCGCCUACCUCGCCUGCACGAAUCCAAACCAUCACGUCCUCCACGACGGCUGGCGCUCUUUCCCCUCCGGCCACAGUUCCUUCGCCUUCUCUGGCCUUGGAUACCUCUCCUUCUUCCUCCUCAGCCAAUUUUCCAUUCUCCACCCUCGAGCUGGUCUGUACAGAACCCUGGUAGCUUUCUCGCCUUUCCUUGGUGCUGCAUUGAUAGCAAUUUCCAGAUUGGAAGACUACAGACAUGAUGUUUUUGAUGUUGUGGUGGGGAGUGUUCUAGGUCUGAGUAUUUCGUUUGGGGUUUGGAGAAGAUGGUUUCCUGCCUUGUCGAGUAGAACGUGUGCAGAGCCUUAUGAUGCUAUUGAGGCUGAGGGGACGUCAUCGAUGUUUGAGAGGAUUAGAGAUGAAGAGGAAAUGGUGGGAGCCGAUGGGUUUGAGAUGGCAAGUAGAGAGGGUGGAUAUUUGGGUACUGCUGUUCGAUAGUAGACUUCAGCUGUAAGCGAACGAAAAGCAACCUUCCUUCCCCCGUUUCAGAUUCCACUUGCCAAACGCAGUGAUGGUUGGGGAAUGGCAGCACGGUGAGAACGAUGCUACAAAGCAAUCGAGAUCCAUAGACCGAAC